GAAGAAGCCAAGUUACCGGAAAUCAAAGUUAAGUUGUCUACUGCGACACAGCCCUGUCCAACUUUCGUGCUUUUGGUCACUUUUUGUUUUUGUUAUGUUGUUGUUUACUGUUGUUGGGUCCAGCUCUUGUCAGAACUCUCAAAAGUGUUCCCAUGGAAUGAUUCUUUUCGUCAUUCAAUGUGGUACUGAGUGAUACAAGGUCUGUGACAGUUGUCUGCUAUCUGUCAAAGGAUCCAAGGAAAAAAUGAAUCCGAACCAGCAACCUUCGUUGAAUCAGUAUUUUAGUCAAGAUGCUACACCAUCAGUGCCAGGUGCAAGCUUCUUUGAUCAAAUCUCCUCACCAACUGCUGGCAUGCCAGUUGACUCAGCGAUGAUGAAGAGCGUUCGAGAAAGUGAUUCUUCACAUGAUUUGUUUUCAUCCAACAUGCCAAAACAAGUGCCUUUGAGCCAUCAAAAUGUAGAUAUAUCUGCUGCAUCUUUUGCUGUUGGCAACUUGACUCUGACUGAUGCAACAACAUCAAAAGAUGAGCCUGUCGUGUGUAGAAUAUUUUCUGAAUCCGAAUCAACAGCAUCUAACAUAGCCUCAGGGAAAAACUUCUUCGAUUUGAUAAGUUCUGUUCCGAAUGCAUCUGGGCCAACCCCUGGAAUCGCUAUGGAUCUUAGUUUGCCACCCAGCAGUUCCAGCAGCCUACUAACUUCUCCAGAUUUCACAUCAACAGCCACAGAGGAUGGUUUUAUUUCUACAACAUCGUCUGUUGCGGCAACACCUACAGCUGCACAUGACGUUUUGGCAUCAGAAGAUCCGUUCUCCAAAAGUGCUGGGUUUCGUCCUAAUGAGGCUGACCGUCGCCGGGAUGCAUGGAUUCCAUCGGAGAAAACUCGUCAAGCCCUCAUUGCUAUGGCAACAUCCGCUCCAGGAACCUACAUUCCCGAUAAAGAUGUUCUCACUAUGCCAGGAGUUUGUGUUCAGGAAGAUAUGGCAGACCCUGUAUCUGAAAUGGUGCAGCACCUAUUGGGUAAUGAAGAAGCAAGCAAAAGGAAGGUUCUCACCAUGCAGGAUGUCACUCAAGAUGAAAGAGGCUUGAGAGAACUUAUUCAGGCUGGGUGUUUCAGAUCUGCUGUUAACUUGACAGGCCGCCUUUUAACCAUUUAUGGACAAGGUAUAGGGAGGUCAGGUAAACCAAGCAAACACACAACCCAUUCCAUUCAGCUCUGGUUUACACGUAUCUCCCUCUUGGUUAAGCUGAAGCUCUUCUCCUUGGCUGAGACAGAGGCUGAGAGAUUUUGGGACUUUGACCGACCAGAUCUCUACUUUCCAUUUUACCCUGACUUGUAUGGUGGUAGAAUGGGCACCCUAGUACCUUUUAAUUUCCGUCUAUUGCUAGCAGAACUUCCAGCUCAUAACGGAAAACAUAGAGAAGCCCUAACUCGUCUUCAUUCUGUAUUAGCAAUUGUGAGGAAGAUUUUGAAGAAUUUGGAAAACGGACUCAGUGAAGAUGGAAGCCCCGCAGAACUUGGUGCAGCUGAUGCAAUGGAGUCAAAACGCUUGUGGUGUAACCGAGAAAUAAGGACUCUUCAUUCCAUCGUGAAUUGUGCCAUAUCUAACAAGAACUAUAGUUUAGCCUUGGAAGUUCUGGAGCAGAUUAUCCGCAAGUCAAUUGAUCUGCCUGUACACCAUAGGCGUCCUUUACUCUCAGCACUUGGACGACUUCACUUACAACUGGGAGAUGUGGUUGGAGCUGAAGAGUAUUUUAAACUAGCAUCAAAUCUGCGUGUCCAAUGUGCUGCUGGCUUGGAUGGGAAAAAUGCCCUCACAAGUACUGCACCAGACCUGAGGGAGUUCAUUGACCGCGGUCUACUGGCUGUUUCUCAAAAUGCAUUCCAUGAGGCUCUGGAAAGCUUCCAAAAAGCAGCAGAUAUUGAUCCUGCAAACAUCAUGGUCUUAAAUAAUAUGGCUGUAUGUCACCUGUACCUUGGUCGUCUUCGAGAGGCACUGUCAAUAAUGGAAAAUGCUCUCACUAGCAAUCCUACGCAAGGUCUUCAUGAAGCUCUGCUUCUCAAUAUGAGUACACUUAUUGAGUUCGAAUCAUCUCAUUGUAAUCAGAAAAAAUUAGGUUUAUUGAAGAUGCUAGCAAGAUACAAGGGUGAUGGUGUCUCUGUUGGUUGUUUGAAACUUCAGUGAAAGUUGUAAUUUUAAACUUUUACAUGUGAUCAUUAGUUUGUUUCUUCUUCUUUUUUUCUAAAGAAAGGAAAGAAAUUAUGGUGAAAAUGAUAUUUUUGUUGCUAAUUUUCUAAAUUUUACUGAAACACUUGUAGAAUUGGACAUGGAGGCACUAUGUUACAAUUUUUAUUUUUGUGAGUGAGGAUUCUCAAGUUAUUACUUUGACUUGUUGUUGUUGUUGUAAGUGAGCAAAUUCCAUACAUUCUCAGUUCAAGAGUUUACAAGUUAAAUAAUCUCUCUGUUUUAAUCACUUCUGUUGCCAUGUUCAUUCUUUUAAAAAAAAUAGUUAUUUAAUGUAAUUUUUAUCAAGUUGUUAAUGCCAAGUUCCAAUUUGAGGGUACUCAGAAAUUAUUAUUGUUAUUGUGACUUGUGUAAAGAGUUAAAUAUACUCAUGUUUCUGAAAA